GCCCACCGCAACAGGCUCGAGUGUGUGCGCCAAAGUGGCCCAACCGCAACCCAACCGGCAGCCGUCGCUGACGCCACAACUGCAUCACUCGACGCCAUCUUUGUGACCUUCUCCGCUCGACGCUCCUUUGGCUCCCCGCCGCUUCAACGCCUCUUCCCGUUUCCUUUCUCGCCUCGCCACGACACUAGCCCGACCAACCAGCACAACACCCACACCCACACCCACACCCACACCCACACCCACAUACACAUACACACUCACCCCCCACCCCACCCCCACACGCACGCAUGCACACUUGUACUCACAGACGAGGCAACCCGAUCAAACCGACGGCAACGCACUGCAUUCUCUGCCGUUGUUUCAGUGUCCACUUGCGAUGCUGGAGGGUUGAAUGGGUCCAUUUGCAGACGGUUCGUCGGCCGCGUAGUCGACAACGUCAACGAGAAGCGCCGGUCUUGUUGGCCAGUUGGACGACGCGUGAAAAGGAGAGGAAAAGUUGUUCAAAUGCCUUUCCCCAACCUUCCGUUUAACGUCGUUUCGACCACGACCCGAUUGCAAAAACGGCGCGAAACCGUUCCUUUCCGGCAAAACGAGACAGCGACCAAACUGUACGUUUGCCGUGGCGUCUGCUUGACAUUCCACGCGACAGAAGACUCAUUCGUUGUCGGAAACAUGCUGUUUCGCGUCUCUUUAGAGGCUCGUUGUUGCCGACGCGCAGGUUAUUUGUCUCUUAACUCCUGCCCAUCGCACAAACCGCCCAUUCCAGAUUUGGUUGAUCAAGCUAAUGCGGACGAUCUAAGCGAUCUCGAUGAUCAGUGGCAACUGAAAUAUCUACACACUCUGGCCGAUCUGGGCGAACUGGAGACGAAUUAUGAUCCUAAUAAUGUGGGCGAAGAAGACGAGCUGGACGAUCCGCACAAUCUGAUCAGUCUGGAUGAUCCGCGGCCGGGACAGAUUGGCGCCGAGGCCAGCAGUGACAGACUGACUUGUCCGCACUGUUCAGGAGUUGUCGAGGCACUUGUAGACCGGCACGAGGUCCACACUGACCGAGGCCUCAUGCUCUGGCUAAUCGCGAAGCCACGACGUCGACGGCACAAGCCAAGGUCGGACAGGUUCUAG